UUCUUGCCUCUGCAUACACCGAAGCGAAGACACGGGACGUCGCUCUUUCUUACUACCGCUUGAAAUUCCCCACGCUUGGAAGAUAUGGACAGCUUCGACGACUUGCUUGCCCCAACACGCGAUGCGCUCGAGAGGAAUCCGUUCGCAGACACAUUUAGACGGCCAAGCUCACCUGACCCAUGGACAAGCUAUCAAGCACCAGCCUCUUCGAAUGUCCCAACCGACGAUGGUGAUCCUUUCGGCGCCGAGCUUCGCGGUAGCACGCCAACCCUUGACGAGCCUGGCUUCGCCGGUACCACGGCCGCAAGCUCUGACGCAGGUUUCGUAGCAUAUAGCGGGGCAGAGGACCCCCUAGAGUCAUCCAAGACUCUGCAAGGCGAAGAGGGCGAGCCCGCUCACGCACACGAGCGAGAACCGCCGACGCCCACCGAGCAGGCAUCACUCGCCUCGCCCAAGUCGCCGGGCUUUAGGGAGAGUGUGUCUACCACGAUAAACGAUAUCCUGACAUCUGCGCCGCCGUAUGCAGAGGAGAAGCAGCCUACACCACCGCGUGCGCCGUCACCACCGCUUCUUGUCAACGAGGACCCGCCAUUGACACCUGCCUCGCCCCCACCGACGAGCCCCACGGACUCCGCCCCGCUGUCCUCUGCAUUCAUCAUCGGUCAUGCGCCUUCAAGCUCGGUAGCGUCCACUAUGUCACCGCUCCUGGCUGCACCCAGCAGACCCUUCCAUUCGCCUCUAGACCAGCCGCACUCGCUCGAGCGGUCGUUCUCGGGGCUCGCUCUCGGCGGCGAGAGUGUGAACGGUUGGCAAAGCAUGGCUCAAGGGAGCCAGACCAUGUUUGUAGCGAGCACUAACAGGCCGAUUGUGCCGAACGAUGACGAUGACGACGACGACGACGACGACGACGACAAGCCGAUACUGCAGGCGAGGAUGAACUCAUUGGAGCGUGCACAACGAACUGGAUCGCCUGCAAUUCCUCCGUCACCUCCACCGCUGAAGAGGAACGACGCGGGGAUUGCACCUGUGUUCACAAUAAGUGUAGAUGAUCCACAGCGUGUCGGAGAUCCUAUCCGUGGGUAUACUAUGUACACUGUACAUACCAAGACCAACUCGCCCAUGUUUACACGAUCGGCCUUCUCAGUACUACGCCGGUACUCAGACUUCCUUUGGCUUUAUGAGACCCUCUCGAAUAACAAUCCAGGCGUGAUGGUUCCGCCAGUACCAGAGAAGAGCCCCUUCAAUCGCUUCGAUGCACAGUUCGUGCAGCAGCGGCGCCUUGCACUCGAGAAGUGCGUGACCAAGAUUUCAAACCACCCGGUGCUGCAGAAGGAUUCAGACUUGAAGCUCUUCCUAGAGAGUGAUACCUUCUCACUGGACAUCAAGCACCGCAAAGCCGAGAUCGCGCAUGAGAAGGGCGGCGUGCUCGCGUCGUUAGGACAAAGCAUCGCAGGACCCCGUUUCCAUGAGACCGACGAGUGGUUCGACAAGCAGAAGGGAUACCUGGACAGCCUCGAGGUGCAGCUUCGAGGAUUGGUCAAGUCCUUAGACCUAGUGGCAAAACAGCGCACAGAGCUGGCUCUCGCCGCGAGCGAGUUCGCACAGACUAUCCAUGACUUGGCCUCUUCGGACGUCGGGCUCGGUCAGCAGCUAGCAAAAGCACUCGCGGGGCUCGCAGUUGUGGAACGCAAAGCACAAGAGUUGCAGGAGAAGCAAUCGGAUGAAGACGCGUUGACGGUAAUGGCUACUGCGGAUGAGUACGCACGGCUAAUAAAUUCUGUUAGACUGGCAUUCAGCUCGCGCGUUCGCAUGUACUAUGCGUGGCAAACCGCAGACAAGCACGUCAAAGGCGUGAAGCAGCAACAUGAGACAAAUCGUGUCCAGGGCAGGCUGACCCCAGAGCAGCUCAGCCGUUCGUUGGCUCUCGUUGCUGAAGCAGAGCGUCGUGCGCUCGAUGCCAAGCAGGAGUUUGACCAGGUUUCGCGUCUGGUAAAAUCCGAGAUGGCGCGCUUUGAGCAAGAGCGAAUCGAAGAUUUUAAGAACUCGCUUGAAGCGUUCCUCAGCGGUAUGAUCUCGAAGCAGAAAGAGCUGAUUGCUGCAUGGGAGACAUACCAGCAGACCUUGCUGAAAAAAUCUGCUCCUCAGACUCAGAGAUCAGUUUCGGUGGAGGGCUGAGCAUGCUAGGUAUCCAUGAGCUUAUACUGUGGUGGACAUGGUCUUUCUCCUGGCACAACCUUAGUACGGAAUUGCCCAUAAAGAAAUUGUUACGGAACUACUGUGUCGCGCGAUCCAUGACGGACGUCACGGCUGGUCAC